GAUAUCGGACACUUCAGAGAAUGAUAAGAACGUGCGUCGGUGCUGAGUGUGUGUUAUGUUUGGGAUGAGAGCUGAAUUGGCAGUUUUGUUGAACAAAAGAUAGUAAAACAAUGAGAUCAAAACACCUGUCAGUCAUUAGCCGGUGUAGGAGGAGUCUCUGCAGUGUGGCCAAUGACAGUCAGUCGUCAAAACUGUCACAUCUCGAAAAAGUGAAUGUGGAAAAAAAGGAACGAAAAUAUGAAAGAAGUGCUGCAUUGUAUGUCCAUUGGCCUUACUGCAAGAGACGAUGUACGUACUGCAACUUCAACAAGUAUAUCGAUCGCAAUGUCAACGAGGAGAGAAUGAGAGAUAACCUUGUGAGGGAGACUGAAACUCUCAUCAGGCUCAGUGGCGUGUCCAGCAUAGCAUCAAUCUUCUUUGGAGGAGGGACCCCAAGUUUAGCAAGCGCAGACACGAUUGCAAGUAUCAUUAAUCAAGUCAAAGCACAGGUAACACUGCCUGACUCAGGGGAGAUCACUCUUGAGGCCAAUCCAACAUCUCUGGAGACAAAUCGCUUGAGAGAAUUCUGUGAUGCAGGUGUAAAUCGACUUUCUAUUGGAGUACAGUCAUUGAGACAAGACAACCUCUCCGUCCUGGGCAGGGACCACACUGUGGAGGAGGCUGAAAGGUGUAUCAGGGAGGGUAGGGCCUUGUUUCCUGGCCGUGUGUCUGUGGAUCUGAUGUUUGGUCUUCCAGGACAGACUGUUCAUGCCUGGCUAGCUGAGCUCCGACAAAUGAUAGACAUAUGUGACAAGCACCUGUCACUUUAUCAGCUGACCCUGGAGAGAGGAACCCAGCUGUUUAAGGAUGUUGGUAAACACACAGUGCGGAUGCCGUCCCCCGAUGAUGUGGCGACCAUGUACAAGGCUGCGGUCCAGAUUCUCUCCGAUCAUGAAUACAAGAGAUAUGAAGUGUCAAACUUUGCAAAACAGGAAGCAUACAGCACCCACAACCUGACCUACUGGAGAGGGAUGCCAUAUAUAGGUGUUGGGCCAGGUGCCCAUGGCAGGUUCUACGUGGCGGGUACCAGACAGGCGCGGGUGCAGACCCUGGAGCCAGACAUCUGGAUGAGGGAGGUUGAGGCCUUCGGGAACGCUACGCGCAAGAUAGUUCCACAGACACUUCUAAAUCAUUUGGAGGAGAUGGUGGCGGUAGGACUUAGGACAGGCUGGGGGAUAUCACAUGACAGAUGGGAGGAGGUUUCUCCUCUUGGUCUUCAGGACAUCUUCCAUCACUCAGGCACCAUCCAGUCUUACCGGGACCAGGGCUUGCUGCACCUCGACACCCGAGGACUUCGAGCUUCAGACACUGGGCUGGAUGUUUUGGAUACCUUGAUACCAUCAUUGUUGUUACAGCUGGACUUGGCUUUCAAACCUAGUGUGACAUGACACGCCAUGAGACAAUCACUGUUACAGCUGGACUCAGCCUUCAAAUCAAACGUGACAUCACACGCCAUGAGACAAUCACUGUUACAGCUGGACUUGGCCUUCAAACCUAGUGUGACAUGACACGCCCUGAGACAAUCACUGUUACAGCUGGACUUGGCCUUCAAACCUAGUGUGACAUGACACGCCCUGAGACAACCACUGUUACAGCUGGACUUGGCCUUCAAGCCUAGUGUGACAUGACACGCCAUGAUACAACCACUGUUACAGCUGGACUUGGCCUUCAAGCCUAGUGUGACAUGACACGCCAUGAGACAAUCACUGUUACAGCUGGGCUUGGCCUUCAAAGCCUUGUGUGACAUGACACGCCAUGAUACAAUCACUGUUACAGCUGGACUUGGCCUUCAAAUCAAACGUGACAUGACAGGCCAUGAGACAAUCACUGUUACAGCUGGACUUGGCCUUCAAACCUAGUGUGACAUGACACGCCAUGAGACAAUCACUGUUACAGCUGGACUAGGCCUUCAAACCUAGUGUGACAUGACACGCCAUGAGACAAUCACUGUUACAGCUGGACUAGGCCUUCAAACCUAGUGUGACAUGACACGCCAUGAGACAAUCACUGUUACAGCUGGACUAGGCCUUCAAACCUAGUGUGACAUGACACGCCAUGAGACAAUCACUGUUACAGCUGGACUUGGCCUUCAAACCUAGUGUGACAUGACACGCCAUGAGACAAUCACUGUUACAGCUGGACUUGGCCUUCAAACCUAGUGUGACAUGACACGCCAUGAGACAAUCACUGUUACAGCUGGACUAGGCCUUCAAACCUAGUGUGACAUGACACGCCAUGAGACAAUCACUGUUACGGCUGGGCUUGGCCUUCAAGCCUAGUGUGACAUGACACGCCAUGAGACAAUCACUGUUACAGCUGGACUUGGCCUUCAAAUCAAACGUGACAUGACACGCCAUGAUACAAUCACUGUUACGGCUGGGCUUGGCCUUCAAGCCUAGUGUGACAUGACACGCCAUGAUACAAUCACUGUUACAGCUGGACUUGGCCUUCAAAUCAAAUGUGACAUGACACGCCAUGAGACAAUCACUGUUACGGCUGGACUUGGCCUACAGAUCUAACGUGACAUGACACGCCAUGAGACAAUCACUGUUACAGCUGGACUUGGCCUUCAAAUCAAACGUGACAUGACACGCCAUGAGACAAUCACUGUUACGGCUGGACUUGGCCUUCAAACCUAGUGUGACAUGACACGCCAUGAGACAAUCACUGUAACAGCUGGGCUUGGCCUUCAAGCCUAGUGUGACAUGACAAGCCAUGAGACAACCACUGUUACAGCUGGACUUGGCCUUCAAGCCUAGUGUGACAUGACACGCCAUGAGACAAUCACUGUUACAGCUGGGCUUGGCCUUCAAGCCUUGUGUGACAUGACACGCCAUGAGACAAUCACUGUUACAGCUGGACUUGGCCUUCAAAUCAAAUGUGACAUGACACGCCCUGAGACAAUCACUGUUACGGCUGGACUUGGCCUUCAAACCUAGUGUGACAUGACACGCCAUGAGACAAUCACUGUUACAGCUGGACUAGGCCUUCAAACCUAGUGUGACAUGACACGCCAUGAGACAAUCACUGUUACAGCUGGACUUGGCCUUCAAACCUAGUGUGACAUGACACGCCAUGAGACAAUCACUGUUACAGCUGGACUAGGCCUUCAAACCUAGUGUGACAUGACACGCCAUGACACAAUCACUGUUACAGCUGGGCUUGGCCUUCAAGCCUAGUGUGACAUGACACGCCAUGAGACAAUCACUGUUACAGCUGGACUUGGCCUUCAAAUCAAACGUGACAUGACAGGCCAUGAGACAAUCACUGUUACAGCUGAGCUUGGCCUUCAAACCUAGUGUGACAUGACACGCCAUGAGACAAUCACUGUUACAGCUGGACUUGGCCUUCAAAUCAAACGUGACAUGACACGCCAUGAGACAGAUGGACUUGGCCUUCAAGCCUAGUGUGACAUGACACGCCAUGAGACAACCACUGUUACAGCUGGACUUGGCCUUCAAAUCAUAUGUGACAUGACACGCCAUGAGACAAUCACUGUUACGGCUGGACUUGGCCUUCAAACCUAAAGUAAAAUGGCAGCCAUGAACCAUUCCCCAAGAACAUGUAUACUGCAGACGUGGUUCAUGUACAUACUCGGCCAUCAUUCAACCGAAUAUUGCCGACUGGACUGAAUUGGAUACUUUUUUUCUGAAUAAAGUUGUUCACAGGCA